AUGCUUCAACAGGCUUUUCGAGAGUCCUCAGAAGGCAUGAUGCAGAUAGUAAACUUUGACAAGCGCCUUACGGAGAUGAAAAUUGCACUCCGGGAAAAGGGUGUUGCCAUUACUCGCAAGCGCGCCAAGUUACUUGAGGUACUGCUAGCAAGCGAUCGCCACCCCUCGGCGAGCGAAAUUCACCAGGGAGUCCAGGCCGCCUAUCCUGGGACUAGCCUCGCCACCAUUUACAAUACUAUUGAAAUUCUCAAAGAUACUGGUCAGGUACUAGAGAUUGAGUUCAGUGGCUCGGCAAACAGGUAUGACGGCAGACUGACUACGCCACAUCCACAUCUUGUAUGUUUGCAAUGCGAGAAGGUGGAAGACGUGGAGAUCGCGGCGCCGCUCGAUCCGCUUGAUAGAGUGUCAGAUCUGACAGGAUACGAGAUUGUGCGCCUGCGUACGGAUUACUACGGAACGUGCCCGGACUGCCUCAAUUUAUCCCCUUCUACCGCGGGGGGAAAGGGGGGCUUAUAGUUCUUACGUCACACAAUCACUCGCGAACGACAUGGACGAAAUGGCUUCAGCAUCGAAAGGAGGAAGCGAAUGUCUAAUAGGGAAGAUAUCGCUCUGCUGGCUCAUCUGAUGAGACGCGCCGGAUUCGGCGCAACCCGAGACGAACUCGAGGUGUUGGCGGAGCAGAGUUAUGAGACUACGGUUGAGCAGCUGAUUGACUAUGAGAGCCAACCCCCGGUUGAUGAGUAUACCUUGUACAGGUAUCAUCCAAUCACUGAGGUCCCCGGUGGUGCGGCCGCACCCGGACAGGCGAAUUGGCUCUACUUCAUGGUCAACACACAGAGGCCCCUUAACGAGAAGAUGGCACUCUUUUGGCAUCAGGUAUUCGCUACAGGCAACUCGAAAGUGGACAACUGCAAUCAUCUCCUUGAUCAGAUUCAGAUGUUCCGCGAAGUCGGAAUGGACAACUACCGAGACCUCCUUCUUCGCCUUGCCAGCGACCCCGCGAUGAUCUACUGGCUUGACAACAAUGAGAAUCACAAGGUAGCCCCGAAUGAGAAUUGGGGCCGCGAGCUUCUGGAACUCUUCACGCUCGGAGUCGGCAAUUACACUGAGACGGACGUUUACGAAUGCUCAAGGGCGUUCACAGGCUGGACUAUUUCCGCAAAGAUGCCGCGCUAUCCGUAUGGCAGGCACCCCUGGCAAUUCGAAUAUCGCGCAGAAGACCACGAUGAGACCGACAAGUCAUUCCUUGGCAAUACCGGAAACUUCAAUGGCAAAGACAUUAUCGACAUUAUUCUUAAGCAGCCCGCAUGCCCAAGGUUCAUAGCGCGCCAUCUAUACAACUUCUUCGUUGAAGACGAGCCACAAGUUCCGGCGUGGAACAUUGAGGAGCCUCGCAAUCCGGAGGCCGUCCGAAUGCUGGCGGAAACUCUCGUAGAAAACAACUACGACGUUAAGCCGGUGCUGCGAGCAUUGUUUAACUCCGACUUUUUCAAAGAUGCGAUGUACAGGAAAGUCAAGAACCCCACAGAAGUCGUUGUAAGCACUCUUAGGCUUACAGGUGACUUGCAGGGACCGGACCCGCGCCUUGAAGCUGUUGCUAGAGAGCCUGGCUAUAUGGGUCAAGAUAUUCUCGAUCCUCCUAGCGUUGAAGGCUGGCAUACGGGCCACGAGUGGAUAAACAGCGGAUCUCUCGUUAAGCGCGUUAACUUCGUCGCCGACAGAAUCAGUGAUACGAAUUUGCCCGGAGUUAAGCGCAUAGUCGAGCGCAUUGCCUCUUCGAACGGCCCCACAAUGAGUCCUGAGGAGUUUGUAGAGAGCUGCCUGGAUCAAAUGGGCCCGUUGCCAGUAUCUGGCCAGACCCGCGGUGAACUGAUAAGUCAGGCAGAGAGCGAAGGUGCGGUUAACUGGGAAGACGGCUACGAUGACUCUGCGAGGCGCACAGGCGAGAUGCUGGCACUCAUUGGAGCAACCAGAGAGUAUCAGUUCGGCUAGGCCAAAGAAUUUUAACGGGCAUAUUGCAAAAUUCCUGGGAGGAAAUAAUGGCAAAUUCAAACAAGCCGCCAGUUCUGGUUGUGUUGCAGCUCACGGGUGGCAAUGACUACUUCAACACGGUAAUUCCGUACACGGAUGGCAACUACUAUGACAGCCGGCGCUCGCUUGGAAUCUCCGAGAACCGCGUGCUGAAGCUUAACGACCAGUUGGGUCUGCACCCUGCAAUGGCGCCAAUGAAGGAUAUCUUCGACAGUGGCGACAUGGCCGUGAUCCAUGGCAUAGGCUACGCGAACUCGCCGCGCUCACACUUCCGCUCUAUGGACAUCUGGCAUACAUGUGAGCCGGAUAAGGUGGGCACAGAGGGUUGGCUUGGACGCGC